UAUCUCCCUUUAGCUUUGAUUUGUUGUUUGCCGGUUUUGUGCGUUGGAUCAAAUAAUAUAUUGAUAUUUAAAGUGGCAGGCAACUAACUAGUUGCAGAAAGACAGUUAGAAAUGAAUAUAACUUCAGCUGCUGGUGUUAUAUCUCUACUGGAUGAACCAGAACCUCAACUGAAGGUUUUUGCCUUGGAGAAAUUGAACAGAAUUGUAAAUGUGUUUUGGGCAGAGAUUUCAGAGGCCAUAGGCAAAAUAGAAAUACUAUAUGAAGAUGUUGCAUUUAAGAACAGUGAACUUGCUGCAUUGGUGGCAUCAAAGGUUUAUUACCAUCUAGGAGCCUUUGACGAUUCUCUGACCUAUGCUUUAGGAGCAGGAAAUCUGUUCAAUGUUAAUGAUACAACAGAGUAUGUGGAAACUAUAAUUGCUAAGUGUAUUGACCAUUACACCAAGUUACGAGUGGCCAACAUAGAUGUUGGAGAAGGUGAACAAGUAAUGAUUGACGAGAGACUGGAGGCCAUUGUUAACAGAAUGUUCCAAAGAUGUCUAGCUGAUAAACAGUUCAAACAGGCUGUGGGUAUAGCAUUGGAGACCAGGAGAAUUGAUAUAUUUGAAAAGGCAAUACUACAAGCAGAUGAUGUUAAUAGCAUGUUGUCUUACAGUCUGAAAGUUUGUAUGUCUUUGAUUGGGAACAGACAGUUUAAGAAGACAGUAUUACAAGUCCUUUCCAAAUUAUACAUGGGACUACAAACUCCAGAUUACAUAAAUGUUUGUCAGUGCUUUAUAUUUCUGGAUGACCCCCAGUCUGUAGCAGAUAUCCUCGAAAGAUUGAUCAAAGGAACAGAGGAGAAUCUGUUAAUGGCCUACCAGAUAGCCUUUGACCUUUAUGACAGUGCGACCCAACAGUUUCUACAGAGAGUAACCAAUUCUCUCCGAUCUACAGUACCUUUACCUGAACCAGAAAAAUCAGUCAAAACAGAGGAAGACAAAAAAGACAGUGAAAUGGAAAUUGAUGACAGUAAGACCCAAGCCACAGUUGCCACUGACGCUACUAAAGCCACAGACACAACUACAGUAAAAUCAGAACCACAACAUCCUUUGAGUGAAGAAGAUAAAAAGAUACAAGAAAGAAUGAAGAAAUUACAGACGAUUCUGGGAGGUGAUCUGACAAUAGGACACAAUCUACAGUUCUUAAUACGAAAUAAUAAAACAGAUAUGUUAAUACUGAAAAAUACCAAGGAUGCUGUAAGGAACUCUGUCUGUCAUUCUGCAACAGUGAUGGCUAACUCGUUCAUGCACUGUGGAACAACAUGUGAUCAAUUCUUAAGAGAUAAUUUAGAAUGGUUAGCUAGAGCUACAAACUGGGCAAAAUUUACAGCCACUGCUAGUUUAGGUGUUAUUCAUAAAGGACAUGAAAAAGAAGCAUUGAAUUUAAUGUCAACCUAUUUACCAAAAGAUUCUGGACCAGGAUCAGCAUAUUCAGAAGGUGGUGGAUUGUAUGCAUUAGGUCUGAUACAUGCCAACCAUGGUGGAGAAAUAACAGAAUAUUUAUUGAAUCAGUUAAAAGAUGCUUCAACUGAUAUGGUCAGACAUGGUGGUUGUCUUGGUUUAGGAUUGGCUGCCAUGGGAACAGCUAGACAAGAUAUAUAUGAACAGUUAAAGUUUAAUCUGUACCAAGAUGACGCUGUUACAGGUGAAGCAGCCGGGUUAGCCAUGGGGCUGGUUAUGUUGGGGACAAAACAUGCUAAUGCUAUAGAGGACAUGUUAGCAUAUGCUAAGGAGACCCAGCAUGAAAAGAUCUUACGAGGUUUGGCUGUCGGUAUCUCUUUAACUAUGUACGAACGUUUAGAAGAGGCUGAUGCUCUGAUCGAGUCCCUAUGUCGUGACAAAGAUCCUAUCCUUCGAUGGUCUGGCAUGUUUACUGUAGCUAUGGCAUAUUGUGGUUCAGCUAGUAACCAAGCCAUCAGAAAACUAUUACAUGUAGCAGUCAGUGAUGUGAAUGAUGAUGUAAGAAGAAUAGCAGUUACCUCCCUUGGAUUCUUAUUAUUCAGAACACCAGAGCAAUGCCCAAGUGUUGUUUCACUAUUGUCAGAGAGUUAUAAUCCCCAUGUGAGGUUUGGUGCAGCCAUGGCAUUAGGAAUAGCCUGUGCAGGGACUGGAUUAAAGGAAGCCAUUGGACUACUUGAACCAAUGACCAAUGAUCCAGUCAACUAUGUGAGACAAGGAGCCCUGAUCGCUUCAGCUAUGGUCACUGUUCAACAGAAUGAAACCACAUGUCCAAAGGUUGCCCAUUUCCGUACAAUGUAUGCCAAGGUCAUCAGUGACAAACAUGAAGAUGUCAUGGCCAAGUUUGGAGCUAUUGUUGCCCAAGGGAUCAUUGAUGCAGGCGGUCGUAACAUGACGAUCUCUCUUCAGUCUAAGAUGGGCCACACCAAUCUAGAGGCUGUUGUUGGUAUGUUGGUAUUCACACAGUUCUGGUUCUGGUAUCCUCUUAGCCACUUCCUGUGUUUGUCAUUCAAACCAACAUGUCUGAUUGGUCUAAACGAAGACCUCAAGAUGCCAAUUUUAGAGUUUAAAUCUAAUGCCAAACCAUCGCAUUAUGCUUAUCCUCCACCAUUGGAAGACAAGAAAGAAAAGGCAAAAGAGAAAGUAGAAACAGCUGUUCUUAGUAUCACAGCCAAACAGAAGAAGAAAGAAGCAGAAAAGAAGGAAAAAGAAGAAAAAAUGGAUGUGGAUGAUGAAAAGAAAGAUGAUGAAAAAGAGAAAGAGAAAGCAGAUGACAAAAAGGAGAAAAAGGAAGAUGAAAGAAAAGAGGAAAAAAUGGAAGAAACACCUGCAGAAAAGAAGGAAAAAGAACCAGAGCCAACAUUUCAAAUCCUAACAAAUCCUGCUAGAGUUAUGAAACAACAGUUGAAGGUUGUUAACAUGCCAGAAGGAAGUCGCUACAAACCAAUCAAGGAAGUUAGCAGUGGUGGAAUCAUAUUGUUGAAGAAUUGUAACCCCGAAGAGAAGGAGGAGAUAAUAGAACCUGUGGCUACUGGGGGACCAAAGGCUGAAGAGGAGGAGGAACCUGAACCACCAGAGCCAUUCGAAUGGACUGAAGAUUAGAUUUAUAUAUGGAAGCCAAGUUUAGAAGAAGAAAUGUCAUAAGAUUCUAGACUGUUAGUGCUUGUUUUGACAUUAUAUAUUGUGUUGUCAGCAUAAUUUAUUGUGAAAAAAAGACUUGAUUUCAAUGAUAUAUUUGUUAUAGUUUAUGUCAUCAUUAAAGUAAAAUCUCAUUAA